AUGACGGUGCCAACAACUGCUUCCAUAUUGUUUCCGGGAGACGAGGAUAACAUGUUUCAUCACCAAUCGUCCAGAAUCAGCGAAAAACAAACCAUCGACUCUCACAUACCCUCAAACACUACAGAUGCACCUAGCACUUCCCAUACGCGAUGGUGGAAAGACGGUGGCUUGAGAAGUCUGAACCUCCGGCUGCUCGCCGUCUUCAUUAGCCCGUUGAUGAUUGGAUAUGAUGGUACCCUCAUGGGCUCUUUGUUGACCAUGCCACACUAUCUCGGCCUGAGCCCUGAGAGCAGCAGCCUCAUCGGGCUGAUGGGCGCUGGCUACUCGUUCGGAGCCAUGAUCGCAUUCCCGGCUGUGAGCUGGGCUCUGGACACCUUUGGAAGGAGAGUUGUGAUCGUGGUAGGGGACCUUAUCAUCAUCGGCGCUGUGCUGGGGCAGAUCUUCUGCUACGACGCACGGCUAUACGUGCUCACUCGGUUCGUUCUUGGCAUGGGCUCUAUGCUCGUCACUGCCAGCUGCCCCGUCCUCCUCACCGAGCUCGCCCACCCGCGCCAGAGGAGCUUCCUGGUCAGCGGAUACGGGUCUCUGUUCUUUGUUGGGUCUCUCGUCGUGGCCUGGGUCUCUUUCGGGACCCUACAUAUUCCCACGCAGUGGAGCUGGCGAAUCCCGACAUUGUUGCAGAUACUCCCGCCCGCAGCCCAGCUCCCGUUGAUCUUCCUCUUGCCGGAAUCCCCGAGGUGGCUCGUCUCGCACAACCGUCACAGCGAGGCCAAAGACAUCCUGGUGCGGUUCCACGCCGACGGGAAGCCGUACGACGAGGUGGUGCUGACCCAGUACACCAAAAUCCGCCAAGCGAUCGAGCUCGACGUGCAGGGUCAAGUUACGCGAUGGACCACAUGGUUCCGCGGGCCCGGGAACCGCCGGAGACUGCUGCUCGUCAUCUUUUCCACCAUUUUCGGAUCGUGGAGCGGAGGCGGCAUCAUCACGGUCUACAUUUCCGUCGCCCUGCGACAGGUCGGCAUCACGGCCCCCGCGCAGCAGGCCGGCAUCAACGGCGGGUUGCAGGUCUUCAACCUGUGCGCUGCGCUCUUGGGAGCCAGCCUCGUCGACAAGAUCGGCCGCCGCAUCCUCUUCGUGUCCUCGAGCGUCAUCAUGCUCUUCGCCAUGGUCGGCUUCACCGUGGCCACGGAGCAGUUCACCCAAUCGCCGCAAGUGGCAUCCAGCAGAGCCCUAGUGGCGAUGGUUUUCCUGUUCCAAUUCGGAUACGACAUAGGAUACGCCCCGCUGACGCCCAUGUACAUCGCCGAGAUAUGCCCCUACCACCUCCGGGCCAAGGCCAUGGCAAUGCACUACCUCCUCAUGUAUGCUUUCAGCGCCGCCGGCCAUUAUGCUAACCCGGUGGCCUUGCACAGCAUGGGCUGGAGGUAUUACAUAGUCUACGUCGGCAUCCUGGCUUUUGAGGUUUUGUUCACCUAUUUCCUGUUCCCGGAGACCAAGGGAUACACGAUUGAGGAAAUCUCUAGCAUCUUUGACAAACCAGAGCCUACGUCGUUGGAAGAUUCACAGUAA